AUGUUAUCCAACAGUCGUAACGGUAGGUCUUCACAUGACCACCUUCGCUUAUGUGAACAGGUGAGUAGAUUGGAAUUCGAAUAUGAAAGACUAAAGAAAGAUGCCAGCAUUUACCAUAAUCUCCAUGAGCAGCUUCAGCUGUCAUCGUGCUACAAACUGGUAACGAUCUUCUGUUCUGCUCACAAGCAAACACCUUUGCCCCCGUGA